UGUCAACAAAACGCAAACACGUGUGAAGACAGAAGCAUGUGUAAAGUUAGGCAUGUUUCAGUGCUGAUACCGGGAUACAGAACUAUUUAAAUAUUAAUUAAACAUAUGCAGUUUAAUGUGGAUUUACUAAAAUGAAGUUUGCUUAUCGGUUUUCUAAUUUGUUCGGAGCAGUCUAUCGCCAGGGAAAUUUGAGUUUUUCCAAAGAUGGAAACGCUGUGAUCAGUCCCGUCGGAAACAGGAUAUCUGUCUUUGACUUGAAAAACAACACAUCUGAGACAUUACCAGUGUCCACAACAAAGAACAUUACAUGUGUGGGUCUUUCUCCUGAUGGGAACUUGGCAAUUGUGGUGGAUGAAGAUGGUGCAGCCUUACUGGUCAGCCUCAUCACUCGGGCUGUUCUCCAUCAUUUCCACUUUCAUAAGCCUGUGAACAGCAUCCGCUUUUCACCUGAUGGCAGGAAGUUUGUGGUCACCAAAGAGAAUGUGGCGUUGAUGUACUACGCUCCUGGGAAACAGCGUGAGUUUAAUGCCUUCGUGUUGGACAAGAGCUACUAUGGGCCUUAUGAUGAAACCACAUGCAUCGACUGGACUGAUGACUCCAAGUGUUUUGCGGUGGGCAGUAAAGACAUGUCAACGUGGGUGUUUGGUGCAGAGCGCUGGGUUAACCUCAUCUACUAUUCCCUGGGUGGACACAAAGAUGUCAUUGUGGGCUGUUUUUUUGAGAAAGACAGCCUGGAUUUGUACACGGUGAGUCAGGACGGGACGUUAUGUGUCUGGGAGAGCGACACCGAGCUGGAUGAACUUACCCUGAAGAGGAACAAAGCCAAACCCCCGGGAGAGGGGGAGGAGGAUGAGGUUGAGGAGGAGAGAACUGAGGGACAGGAAGGAGAGGUGAUCAGGGGGAAAGCUGGAACACCCAAAGAGAAGGAGAAGACCAAGAAUGUUCGUUUCAAGCAGAGGAGCAAGCACUUCUUCAACAAGGAGGGGGAUUUUAAUAAUUUGACAGCGGCUGCUUUCCACAAGCCCACUCACAUCCUGGUCACAGGUUUCGCCUCUGGAAUCUUCCACCUGCACGAGCUUCCAGAGUUCAAUCUUAUUCACUCCCUGAGUAUAUCGGACCAGAGGAUCGCCUCAGUGGCUCUAAACUGCUCUGGAGACUGGAUCGCCUUUGGCUGCUCAGGUAUGGGUCAGCUGCUGGUGUGGGAGUGGCAGAGCGAGUCGUACGUCUUCAAACAGCAGGGACACUUUAACAACAUGGCCUCGCUGGCCUAUUCACCAGACGGACAGUACAUCGUAACAGGAGGCGACGAUGGCAAAGUCAAAGUGUGGAACACCAACAGUGGCCUGUGCUUCGUCACAUUCACCGAACACACCAGCAGCAUCACCAACGUCACUUUCACCUCCAGCGGCUUCGUCAUCGUCACCGCCUCUCUGGAUGGGACCGUCAGAGCGUUCGACCUGCACAGGUACCGAAACUUUCGGACCUUCACGUCUCCCCGUCCUGCGCAGUUCUCCUCCUUGGCAGUAGAUGUCAGUGGAGAGCUGGUGAGCGCUGGAGCCCAGGACUCCUUUGAGAUCUUCCUGUGGUCCAUGCAGACGGGCCGGCUGCUGGAGGUCCUCGGUGGCCACGAGGGCCCGGUCAGCUGCCUGUGUUUCAGUCCAGUUCAGUCCAUCCUGGCCAGUGCAUCAUGGGAUCGCACCGUCCGGCUGUGGGACAUGAUGGACAGCUGGCAGGUCAAAGAGACGCUCCAUCUCACCUCUGACGGUUUGUCUGUGACAUACAGGCCUGACGGUCAGGAGUUGGCUGUGGCCACUCUGAAUGGUGAGAUCUCUUUCUGGGACCCUCACACAGCCUCACAAACAGCCUCUGUGGCCGGACGCCAUGACCUGCAGACGGGACGCAAAGAGACCGAUAAAAUCACAGCCAAGCAGUCUGCCAAGGGCAAGUCUUUUACGUCACUGUGCUACUCGGCCGAUGGGGAGUCUAUUCUAGCAGGGGGCCAGUCCAAGUUUGUCUGCAUCUACAACGUCAAGGAGCAGAUGCUUAUGAAGAAGUUUGAGAUCUCCUGUAACCUGUCGUUCGACGCCAUGGAGGAAUUCCUCGACCGACGCAAGAUGACGGAGUUCGGCAGCUUGGCCCUGGUUGACGAAGGAGCUGGAGACGGAGAGGGGGUCAACAUCAGCCUCCCUGGGGUCCGCAGAGGUGAUAUGAGUUCAAGACACUUCAAGCCUGAAAUCAGAGUCAGCUCACUGCGAUUCUCUCCAACCGGUCGGAGCUGGGCGGCCACCACCACUGAAGGCCUCCUGGUCUACUCCCUGGAUGGAUCUAUGGUGUUUGACCCCUACGACCUCGACCUGGAUGUAACACCGGCCAGCAUUCGCAAGCAACUGCGGCUUCAGGAGUGGACGUCCGCCAUCAUCCUGGCAUUUCGACUCAAUGAAAAAGCCCUGAAGCAGGAAGUGCUUGAAACUGUACCACAUGAGCAGAUCCCGGUGGUGUGUGGUUCACUUCCUGACAUUUACGUGGAGAAGCUGCUGGGUUUUGUGUCAGCGUGUUUGGAAAAGUCAGGUCACCUCCAGUUCUAUAUGACCUGGGCUCAAAGUCUGCUAAUGCUGCAUGGACAGAAACUAAAGAACAGGUCAGGAGCCAUACUGCCCACCCUCCAAGCCCUCCAGAAAAGCAUCCAGAGACACUUCGACAACCUUUCCAAACUGUGCGACUUCAACAUGUAUAAUAUUAAAUAUGCGGUGGCGCUUUCCAAGCAGAGAGGUGUGAAGAGAGCAGCUGAGGAGGAGGAGAGGGAGGAUGAUGAAGAUGAAGAGGAGGAGGCAUCUGAGGAGCUGAGCGAAGCCUCUUGGGAGGAUGCAGAGAUGAUAUUAUGAACCGUUUCACCACAACAGCAUGGCUGAAAUAAUAAUGUUGGACUAUGAAAAAAAAAUUGUUUGUGAACUUUUAGUUUUUUAUUAAAUUUGUAUGUAAAUGUACAAGUUUUUCUGUUGUCAGGAUUUUUUUUCUAUUUUCAAAGGUUUUAAUUCUGGUUAGAGUCAGAUUUGGAAAAAAGUGAAUCGAUCAUCCCCCAGGACUACAACUCCCAAAUUAAUCUGCGAGAUGUAGUCCUUUUAGAUUCCAUAAAACAAAUGGAGCCUUU